CUCAGAUUGAUCAAAAAACAUGUUUCUCUCUCGGCCUCAGCCUUGAAACCCUUGAUCUCGCCUCUCUUCUCUCCGGCACUGCGUGGAUUCUGGUUUAAUGUCCGAUCAGGGAUACAAAGGUAGCAGACUCAGGAGCUUGCGGAGGUUUUCUUCGACGGACGUUUGAGGAGUUAGGUGAAGGAGGAGCUGCUCAGUGCCGGUUUCAGUAUGGAGGAAGGGGUAGACAGGAUCAGCGACUUGCCCGCGCACAUCAUGGACCAAAUCCUGCUGCUUUUGCCCAUGAAAGAAGCGGCGAGAACAAGCAUCUUGUCGACCAAGUGGAGGUACAAGUGGGCUUCGAUCCCCGAGCUCGUGUUUUAUGGUGAUAUGGAAUGCUAUCCGUACGACCGUUUGUUGAUAGAUAUUGUCGACCAUGUUCUGCGGUCUCACGUGGGCCCUAUAGUUAAGUUCAAGAUCUGCCAUGAAGAUAUUUAUGAUAGUCGCGCCGUCAACCGUUGGAUUCGUUGUCUAUCGAGAAUGCCCCUCAAAGAAUUCAUUUUCUACAACGUGAACUGGAAGGCUCGCAAGAUAUCGACUCGCCUAUUUGAAUUCCGUAAUUUGGUCCAUCUACAGUUGACCUGGUGCAUCAUAAAACUUCCUGCUCGAUUCAAAGGACUAAAGAAAUUGGAGAGCUUGGAUUUGUCUAAUGUUUCCUCAACUCAAGAUCAAAUCGAAAAACUAAUUUCUAGUAGCCCUCGCCUAACGGUAUUGAGAUUGUGGCACUUGGAGGAUAACAUCGAGUGUCUCAACAUCUGCGCUCCGAAUCUCCAAUCCAUAGAUAUUCGAAGCUCUUAUGAAGAUAUAAAUUUUCAAACUCCCAACCGCUUGGUUUCAGUUGAGGUCGGUCUCUAUAGGCCAGAAAAUCAGCCUUUCAUGAAACUUCGACCCAAUGUCAGCUCUAAGAGUUUAUGCAGGUUCCUUCUUGAUCUGCGCCUGGUUAAAACUUUGAAGUUCAAAAAUUCAACCCUAAAGUGCUUUUCUGAUUGUUACAUCCCGGAGAAGUUGCCCGAACCAAGCGUUCAUUUGAAACACCUCAGCUUAGGGAUAGACUUCGGUAAUUCGAAGGAGAUCUUAACAGUUGUGUGCCUCUUAAGGAGCUGUCCAAAUCUUGAAGAGGUCGAAUUUUCGGCCCGAUGUUGGGACGUUCACCACACCAUAGGCUCAUUCUGGGAGGAAUACUGUUCGCCUGAGCCUUUCAAGCAAGUGAAGUUUCUAUACUUUGAGAACACCAAAGGAACAGAAGCAGAGUUGGGUCUCAUUAAGUUUCUGCUCUUGAAUUUACCGACCUUGGAGAGGAUAAAGGUCGUGGUCUCUUACUUUGAAAAAGUGGGGAGGGAGUAUCUGGAGGAGCUCAUCGAGCUUCCUCGAGCCUCACCUCAGGUUCGGUUCAUAUAUGAGCAUAGUGGCUGGACCUUCGACCACCUGUUAUUCAGCGAUGAAGAACUACCAGAAGCGGAGUGAAAUCCUCGCGCCCUUGAGAAAUUAUGCCGGAGUUGAAGACUAGCUUUCUCCCCUACCUGAUCUUUUUGGGGAAGAACUUUUAUUGCUUGUGAUUGCGACUAAACCCUUUCGUAACAUCAAGUUUCUUAGUCUAAAACUGGUCAAAAAACAAGCCGUAAUUCUAUUUAAGUUAUGAUCUAUUGUGAUUGAUACUUUGUCACCGCCGGUUUGAAGCAGUCUUCUAUAUAUACAUGAAGACAGUAUUGGAUAAUUUCUUUA